AUGCAAUCCAUAGUCCUGCCCCCUACCUCCCUCACCACCUCACAGUUGGGACAUCCAAGAUUCUAUCCGGCCCCUGAGAGGCUUACGUUGAAUUACUCGCUCCCAACAAAUGCUCGUCUGUGCAACCCUCGGGAUCUUCCACCCCUUCGCCCUAUGUCCAGCUCGGUCCCAGCAGACGACCCGCUGGAGACUCCUGGAACCAUCAGGCUUCCCUCCCCAGGGGAGGGAACAACAGUGUCAACAGUGCCAGUGGCUACCCCUGUCGUGGCCGCGACCUCUGUGACCGAGACGACUCGUGCUUCAGGAUCCUCUGUCCCUGCGACGGCUCAUAGUCCCGCCUUCAAACAACAUGCCAUCUCCACCGUGGGAGAAGAGACACGACCGUCGUUUGGACUGAGCGCCUCCGCCCCUGCCUCGCAAGUACCGCUCGCCACCAGUGAACAGCGAGCUCCGCAACACUCCGCUUCGACAUUCCCACCCCCAACUUUCGGAACGCCACCCACCGGCACGGCCAGUAGAGCUCUGUCACCAAAGGGAACACGACGCACCAAAGCACACGUAGCCUCUGCUUGUGUGAACUGCAAGAAGAAACAUUUAGGUUGUGAUCCUGCCAGGCCAUGUCGAAGAUGCGUGUUGUCGGGAAAAGAGCGAUCUACUCAAAUUGCACCAAUGGGACCCAACUUCUCAUCGCAUCUUCCUGCUGUUCGCCGUGAGAACGAGCCGCCGACCACUGAGUCUGGGAUCGGUGAAUCUCGACCCGCCAAGCGGCGAAAGAUGGCAUUGGACGACAUGGUGAAUGACUGA